AUGAAUGUACAGCAGCAGCAACAAUGUCACCAUCAGCUACAACCAGGUCUAGAUCUACAAAUGCCAAACUUAGCCUCGCCAGAAACAAGCCACGCUUCGCAUAACAUAAGCAUCAACAACUGUUCUAUGCUUCCGCCUGCUUCGGUUGUGGUUCCUUUGCCAUCAACAUCUACAGCAACUAUUAAAAGUUUAAUGCCAGAAAGGUCUCAGUUAGCUCCAGAAAAAAGUUCUGCUUCUAGCCUUCUAGCCCAGUUACUGACUUCUCCGAAAACUACAGUUUUACAUCGACCUACCCCGAUUCAUCCCAUUGCUUCUCGUCUAUUCAGUUUGACAACAAAAACUCCUACAUUGGAAACUAGCCUAGAAGUACCACUGGAUCUCAGUCAGUCGACUGCUGCUCGACAACAGUUACUUAUUAAGACACAGCAGCAACAACAAUUAAAAUUUCUACCAACUUGUGCAAAUCCUAAUUUAAAUUCAAACUGGAUCGCAAUUAAACUUGGUGCUGCCGUGGGACCAAACCGGAUGUCCUAUCCACGGGAAUUCAAACUUAUGGUUAUUAAUUAUUAUUAUACAAAUGGACAGAACAAAUAUCGUACCUGCAAAGAGUUUCAAAUAACAAAAUCGAUGCUGAAUGGAUGGCUGCAAAAAAUCGACAAAAUUCGGCAGUCUAGACCUGGCUCCCUAAAAUCCGGUCGUAGUGGCCGAAAACCACAAUUUCCUGAUAUUGAAAAACAACUAUUUCAUCUUUACCAUGCACAUCUGGGGACUGGGAAAAAAGUUGGGAAUCGAUGGAUUCGGGAAACAGCCCGGAAUCUAGCGCAGCAGCAAUGUUCAGAACAGGAACUGGCAGGAAUGUGUCAAUUUAGUGAGCGAUGGUUAAGUAAUUUUAAGAAACGAUAUAGAAUCAAUUUGAACCGUGACUGGUCUUCUGGUAACAGUAGUUCCGGAAGUUUAGGUUCCACAGAAUCUGUUGGUUCCGGUAGUAGUGCUGCAGAUUCUAUGCAACAAUCUCCUACCGAGUCCGACGAAACAGUGGAGAAUGAGAGCAUCGAUUCAGAUGCUGACAGUGUUCUUAGCGAUAGUCUGGAAACUCUCAUCGAUGUAGAAGACCAAAUAAAUUCUGAUAAUUCCUUGGCUAUAUUUACAUCUGGAACAUUCCCAACUGCUGAGGAACAUGUCCAGGAAAUUUUGAACAAACCAGGCCAAUUGCCAAUUCAAGCAUUCUACGAAAGAUUUCCAUGGUUAUGUCGGAAAAAUCAAACGGGUGCGGAACCAGGCCGUAGAGGUCGAAAAGUCCAGUUUCCAGGUGUGGAAAAGGUUUUAUUUGAAAAACUGCAAGAACAACAAUCGAAGGGGGAGCGAGUUUCAAAUCGCUGGCUUCAGCAACAAGCCCGUGAACUCGCGUUGCAAAUUUGCCCUGAAGUGUUGCAAGAGGCAACAAAAUCUGCUCGCUGUUUAUUUUCCGAACAUUGGCUGCAUAAUUUCAAGAAGCGCUAUGGAGUAACACUCAAACAAACGAAUCGAAAUGUUGUCAGUUCUUCAAAAACCUCAGAAAUUGUAUUACCCAUAACUGCAUCUCAGUGUGACUCCUCGCUGACAGAUGACAAAAAUUCCACCUCAUCGACCAGCGGUACUGCAGCAAAGUCUGUAACAGAGUUAACCACAAUGUUGCAGCUUCAAAAUUGGUUCUUCGCCAAAUAUUACUCUCAAGAGCAAGGAGUAAACGCGCAGUCGGCAACAUUACCGCAAUCGUCGCAUCGCAACACUACGGUACCAUCAUCAUCUUCGUCUGUGUGGUAUCCCACACCGUUAACACAGUGUUUGCUUUGA